GAGAGAACGUCCAACCUCCGCAGCCAACCUCUGAUGAACGGCUGACCAACCAACUCCUCCCCUACCUUCUCACCUUCCUUCCCUUUCCCUUUCUCCUCUUUCACACCCGCCGGAGCUCCGGUCACCGGCGGCGUCUCCAAUGGCUGCGGCACGCGGAGAGCCCGGCCCCCGGCCUCCCCCCUACUCCUCCUCCUCCUCCUCCUCCUCUUCCGCGUCCGAGAUCCACGUCCGUGUCAACUCCCGGCGGGGCGCGAACGCGGUGCACCCGGUGGUGGACAUGCCCGCGCCGCCCCCGGGCCCGGCGGGGGCGGCGGCGGCUCCGGCGGCACCGAGCCCGGUCGUGUUCCGGGAGGUGAAGCAUUUCUGGAGCUGGGUCCCGUGGCUGGUGCCGACCUUCGUGGUGGCCAACACGGUGAUGCUGGUCAUCACCAUGUACGUGAACGACUGCCCCAAGAACUCGGUGUCCUGCAUCGCUAGGUUCUUGGGCCGGUUCUCCUUCCAGCCCUUCAAGGAGAACCCCCUUCUUGGCCCUUCCUCUGCUACGCUUCAGAAGAUGGGUGGUCUAGUGGCAAGUAAAGUGGUUGACCGGCACCAGGUGUGGCUCCUUGUCACCUGCAUUUGGUUACAUGGAGGAGUUUUCCAUUUAUUGGCAAAUAUGUUGAGUCUUUUAGUUAUUGGCAUUCGGCUUGAGCAAGAAUUUGGUUUUGUGCGAAUUGGUUUGCUAUACAUAAUCUCAGGAAUUGGUGGAAGUCUGUUGUCAGCUCUUUUCCUUCAGUCAAACAUUUCCGUUGGUGCUUCUGGUGCACUAUUUGGAUUACUAGGUGGAAUGCUCUCUGAACUCAUUAUUAAUUGGAGCAUUUACACCAACAAGGUUGCAGCAUUUGUGACCCUCUUGUCUAUCAUUGUGCUAAAUUUGGCUGUUGGGAUACUUCCUCAUGUGGACAACUUUGCCCAUAUCGGAGGAUUUCUUUCCGGCUUUUUUCUGGGAUUUGUCUUUCUGAUCCGUCCCCAGUUUGGAUGGGUUAGCCAAAGAUAUGCUCCCCCUGGAUAUUUGACGACUUCGGUUAUAUCCAAAUUCAAGAAGUAUCAGUGUGUCCUGUGGAUUUCCUCUCUUAUCAUCUUCAUAGUUGGGUUUACCGUUGCUCUGGUUUUGCUGCUCUGGGGUUUCAACGCAAAUGAUCAUUGUUCUUGGUGCCAUUAUUUGUCUUGUGUCCCAACUUCAAGAUGGAGCUGCAAUUCAAAUCCGGGAUACUGCAAUUCCACACAGUUGGGAAGCCAGGUGAACUUGACGUGCUUGACCAACGGCAAAUCCGGCUUUUACACGUUGCCAGAUGCAAGUAGUUCUCAGAUUCAGGGGCUGUGUUCUCAGCUCUGCAGUUGAUUAUCAAGAAAACACAGUGCGUGCAGGCAUCACCUUUCUUUUUUUAUUGCUGUAAAGUCAUGUCGACUUUGGGUUACUGAAUUUAUGUAAAUUUUCUGGGGGGCAUAGAGACUGUGCUUUUAGAUUACAAAUCUGAACAUUAACUCGAAUCUUCAUAUUACAUGUACUGCUAAGAGUGAUAGAUUAUUGAUUGAGUUCAAUUUUUGUUCUUCAAA